AAAAUUGGCUCCUUUGGCUCGGAGUCUGUGUUUGCUUCUUCCCAUUAAUUUUGUCGUUCCAAAACCAAAACCAAAUUCAAUUCAACUGUGCUCAUCACCACCUCUACGAGAGAGAGAGAGAGUAAAAGUGUGUGUGUUUGUGUGAAUGAUCUGUGGGAGUAAGAGGGAGGAUGACUAAUUGGGAAGCAAGAAAGUUUGUUUGGCAAGGAGCGAUCCCACUUCAGAUUCAUCUUCACGAAUCCGAAGUCACCACUGUUCCUUCUCCUCCUCCAGCCCUAAUUUUGGCUCCUCGGCUAGGAUACCUUCCUUUGUUGGCUUCUCAAAUUAAACCCCACUUCAGUAGUACACUUCCUCCUGGUGUUGACACCAUUUGGUUUGAAUACAGAGGAUUGCCACUGAAAUGGUAUGUACCAACAGGGGUUCUAUUUGAUCUUCUGUGUGCAGAACCAGAGAGACCUUGGAAUUUGACGGUGCAUUUUAGAGGGUAUCCAGGAACUAUAUUAUUACCCUGUGAAGGUGAAGAUAGUAUAAAGUGGAACUUUAUUAACUCACUGAAGGAGGCAGCAUAUAUAAUUAAUGGAAACUGCAAGAAUGUAAUGAACAUGUCUCAAGCUGAUCAAGUGGAACUCUGGCGUUCUGUUUUGAAUGGUAAUUUGGAAGUCUUUGUACGUGUGUCAUCCAAACUUAAGCUUGGAAUUGUUUCAGAUGAAUACACUGUGACAUCAAAUUCACUAGGAUCAGGACUAUGUGUCGAUGAAACUGAUCAUGCUGGACGGGAUAAGGCAGGCCGAGUUCCAAUUCGUCUGUAUGUUUGGAGUGUUAGUGAAGAUGUUAAUGAUUUAGAAGACGCACCGCCUAUUGAUACUUGGGACAAAAUCGCUUAUAUAAAUCAACCUGUCAACUGUCAAGAGGGUAAAUGUCUCACCUUACAUGAUGCUGUGAAAAGCCUUCUGCCAGAGUAUUUCCCAGAAAAUUCUUUGGCGGAUGAAGAAUCGUCAAAACAGAAAGGCGAAGAAGAAGAGGAGACACAAACUUCAGUAGAAGAUGAUGCAAGCAUGGCUAAAGAUGUAGGUGAGGUUUUAUGCAAACCUACAAAAUCUUGCAACAUAUCUGAUGAUAAUGUUGAAAUUAAGCUCAUUCGAAUUCAAGGUAUUGAACCGAAACCAGAGAUACCCUUCUCUUGGGUCGCCAACAGCUUGAUGAAUCCUGAUUAUUUUCUUCACAUCUGUGUCUGCUUGAAAGUUCCAAGGUUAAAGAUUCAGUAAUAUUCGCACGUGAAAAUGGCCAUUACAUCUGCAUGAAAAUGUAUAGAAAUGUUUCUUCUUUUAACCUGUAAAUAUGGUCUUCAUUCAUUGUGAUUUCUGUUUAUCAUUCUUUUUUCUAAUACAAGACUCAGCUUCAUGCACAGCAA